AUGGCGGCGGCGCCCGGGCGCAAGCGGAAGUACGUAUGGGCCGGCGCCGCGAGUGAGGCAGAGCCACGCCCCUCACCGGGGUCUCUGUGGAGCUGCGGCCGCGCCGGCUUCGAGCAUCACUUCCCUGGCAGGCUGGGGGACUGCGAGGCUGCAGCUCCGGCGGCCCCCUCCGGAGAGGACAUGUCCAACGAUGACGAUGCUGCCCCCACAGCGGCAGAGGCGGCAGGUGACACCCACCUGCUGGGCUUCUCGGAUGAAAUCCUGCUGCACAUCUUGAGCCACGUCCCCAGCACAGACCUGGUUCUCAAUGUGCGGCGCACGUGCCGGAAGCUCGCGGCCCUGUGCCUGGACAAGAGCCUGGUGCACACCGUGUUGCUGCAGAAGGACUACCAGGCCAGCGAGGACAAGGUGAAGCAGCUGGUGAAGGAGAUUGGCCGCGAGAUCCAGCAGCUGAACAUGGCGGGCUGCUAUUGGCUGUCGGGCUCCACCAUCGAGCACGUGGCCCGCUGCCACAGCCUGGUGAAGGUGAACCUGUCGGGGUGCCACCUCACCUCCCUGCGGCUGUCCAAGGUGCUCUCGGCCCUGCAGCACCUGCGCUCGCUGGCCAUCGACGUGAGCCCCGGCUUCGACGCCAGCCAGCUGAGCAGCGAGUGCAAGGCCACGCUGAGCCGCGUGCGCGAGCUCAAGCAGACGCUCUUCACGCCGUCGUACGGCGUGGUGCCCUGCUGCGCCAGCCUGCAGAAGCUGCUGCUCUACUUCGAGAUCCUGGACCGCACGCGCGAGGGCGCCGUCCUGUCGGGCCAGCUCAUGGUGGGCCAGAGCAACGUGCCGCACUACCAGAACCUGCGCGUCUUCUACGCGCGCCUGGCGCCGGGCUACAUCAACCAGGAGGUGGUGCGGCUCUACCUGGCGGUGCUCAGCGACCGCACGCCCGAGAACCUGCACGCCUUCCUCAUCUCCGUGCCCGGCAGCUUCGCCGAGAGCGGCGCCACCAAGAACCUGCUGGACUCCAUGGCCCGCAACGUGGCCCUGGACGCCCUGCAGCUGCCCAAGUCCUGGCUCAACGGCUCCGCCCUGCUCCAGCAUAUGAAGUUCAACAACCCCUUCUACUUCAGCUUCAGCCGCUGCACGCUGUCGGGGGGCCACCUCAUCCAGCGCGUCAUCAACGGGGGCAAGGACCUGCGCAGCCUGGCCAGCCUCAACCUCAGCGGCUGCGUGCACUGCCUGUCGGCCGACUCGGCGCUGCGGAAGGCGGAGGACGACAUCGACAGCGGCAUCCUGGAGACGCUGGUGGAGUCGUGCCGCAACCUGCACCACCUCAACCUCUCCGCCGCCCACCACCACAGCUCCAACGGCCCGGGCCGCCACCUCUGCCAGCUCCUGGCCCGCCUCCGCCACCUGCGCUCCCUGUCCCUGCCCGUGUGUUCCGUGGCUGACUCGGCACCCCGGCCCGACCGGGCCCCCGCCCCGCCGGCCAUGCACGCCGUGCCCCGGGGCUUCGGCAAGAAGGUGCGCAUCGGGGUGCAGACCUGCCCCAACCCCUUCGCCGGCCAGUCGGCCCCGCAGCCCGCCUCGGUGUUCUGGGCCCUGCUGAAGAAGCUCCCGUUUCUGGAGCACCUGGAACUGAUCGGCUCCAACUUCUCCUCAGCCAUGCCCCGCAAUGAGCCCGCCAUCCGCAACUCCCUCCCGCCCUGCAGCCGGGCACAGAAUGUCGGGGACUCGGAGGUGGCUGCCAUCGGCCAGCUGGCCUUCCUGCGGCAUCUGACGCUAGCCCAGCUGCCAGGCAUGCUGACAGGCUCCGGACUAGUGAGCAUUGGCCUACAGUGCCAGCAGCUGCAGUCCCUGUCGCUGGCCAACCUGGGCAUGAUGGGGAAGGUGGUGUACAUGCCCGCUCUUGCCGACAUGCUGAAGCACUGCAAGCGGCUGAAGGACCUGAGGCUGGAGCAGCCCUACUUCAGCGCCAACGCACAGUUCUUCCAGGCGCUGGGCCAGUGCUCGUCUCUGCAGCGGCUGUGCCUGGUGUCCCGCAGCGGCACGCUGCAGCCGGACGCCGUGCUGGCCUUCAUGGCCCGCUGCCUGCAGGUUGUCGUGUGUCACAUGUUCACGGGAGAGUCCCUCACCACCUGCAAGAGCCUGCAGCAGUCGCUCCUCCGGAGUUUCCAGGCUGAGAGGCCUGCGUUGAACGUCAUCAUCUUUCCCCUGCUCCACGAGGGCCUGACAGAUGUCAUCCGAGACGUCCCCAUGGUGCACCUGGACGAGAUCACCUUAUUUAAAAGCAGAGUGGCCGAGGAACCACCGAACCUGUGGUGGUGAGAGGGCCGCCCCGCCCCGCCCUCCUGCCCUGUCAGCCACUCGGCAGAGCCUCCACAAGGGUCCAGGAGCCAGCAGACAGUGGGGCCUUGUUGUGUGACAGAAAGAGUUUCCAGUGUCCAGAGACAUUCACUCCAGCCCCCUUCGUCUCUCACUCACUCUUCUGAGUACCCGGGCUCGGUGACAAGAAGUGGUCAGGUGUCAGGAGGGCCACGGAUAUGACGGCAGUGGAUGGCCAGUCUGGCCUUCAGGGCCUGGCCAUGCUCCCAGGGGCUCUGUGGGCUGUAGGCCCCCAUCCACCAGCUUGCCUCAGCCCGGGGACUGUCCCUCUGCCCCUUUGUCCGUGGUCAUCUGCAGUUGAGCUCAGUAAUGUGACUGUACCCACACGGGGUCAGGGCGGGCGGGGUUCUCACUGUGAAAUACCCAAACGGUCCUGUGAGCCUAUGUCUCCUGCUCCUCUUGAGACGGAUUUCGGGUGUGGUCCGAUGGCACAGCGUCACCUAGUGUGCGUGUGUGAGGCCUGGAUUCCAUCCCCACCGCAAAGAAAAAGAAAAUGUUUUAACCUAAUGUGUCUCUGGGAUGUUUUCAGCCCAAGGAUGCCUGCGGCAGAGGGUCCCCUGGGGCAGGGACUGUAGGGUUGCCUCAUCAUCCCCAAGCUGAGCCUGAGGAGCUGGUCCAGGCGCCGGGGCGGUCAGAACGCUUCCUGGGAGCUCACAGCCGCUGGCGUUGUUAGGAUAGUUGAAAACGGUCGAAGGCAGAGGGGGCUGGAGAGUUAGGGUGCUGCUGUGGUGAGCAGUGCUGCCCUGGACCCCAGGUUCCAUCCCCAGUACUGCGAGGUGGCUCACCCCCGUAAUCCCAGCACUUAGGAGGUCAAGGCACGAGCUUGGGUUAUCCUCCGCCGCAUAAGUGAGGUAGAGGCUAACCUGGGCUAGGCAAGAGCCUGUCUCAAUCUCAACAAACCAAAAAAAGAAAAGUUGGGAGAGGACCCAGUGUCUGUGAGCUCACUCUGCCCCUCACGGUAUCGAGUCUGAGUCAGUAGUCCCUAGAGGGGACUUGUGAGAGGGCUUUAGUCCACUGUGGACACUGGUCCAGACAGCUUCCAGCCUAGACAUCACUUGCUGGAGAGGACCCUUUGGUGAGCUGGCCUUUGGGGUUGCGCCUGGCAGCUGGAGCCUGGGAGACCUGGGGCUUCCGACCCAGCUCCGGGGACAGUGUUAGGGAAACAGCCCUCAGGCCCAGGCCCCAAGAAACGUGCCUCUGCCUGGCCCCUUGCUUUUCCAGGGCCUGGCCUGCGGUGUCCUCCCUCCUCAGCCAGUCUCUCUUUCUUAAACAUUUGUUUUUUCGUAUUUUAUGUCCAUUGGUGUUCUGAUUGUACAUAUGUCUGUGUGAGGGUGUCAGAUCCCCCGGAACAGGAGGUGCAAACAGGCGUGAGCUGCCGUGUGGGUCCUGGGAAUUGAACCUGGGUCCUUUGGAAGAGAAGCCAGUGCUCUCAACCACGGAGCCAUCUCUCCAGCCCUUCAACCAGUCUCUUGCCAGAGGGACUCCUCCAGAGCCCAAGGUGCUUCUCCCUGCCCUUGUAGCUGAGUGAUCUUGACUCCUAGCUAGAGGGAUUGCUCUGCCCGGAGGCUGAUCCCCAGGGCCGCCCACCCGACCCCGGAGCCCUCGCCCUCGCCCUCACAGACCUACAGUUCUGAGGGCUCUAAGCCUGCCCUGUCCCUUCCUGGCAUUGUAGGCCAUGGGGUCGGCUGCCGAGGGCCCACCCAGCUGUAGGCAAGGGAGCCGGAGGUGGCGGAACCCCCUCCUUCAGAGCACUAAACUCGACACCCCGAUGGCCACCCUGUGGGCUCUCCAGCACCAACUGCUGCACGUCCCAGCCUCUGAUGGAAGCAGGCUGCUUGGAGGUGCCAGGUCCCUGUGACAGCCUUCGUCAAGGGCAGUCCCUCGGCUGAGGGGUGACACAGGCUGGAAUCCCAGCCCUAGGGAGGCAUUUAUGUCCAGAAACUGGGCGGGGGGCGGAGGGCCUGGACACAGGAGCACGGGGGUGCAGACCGCCCAAGGAAGCGCCCCAACUAGUAUUCUUAGCGUCUCCUGCGCCGGUGCUUUGACUUGAAAUGAGAAUUUUUCUCCCCCCGCCACCGGGGACGGCAUCCGCCAGAUGUCAAUAGCGUGCUUAUUUUCGCUAAGUGCUAUUUUGGCCCCGGUGUUAAUCGAAAUUUAUAGCCUGCAGCAUUUGACGCCGGGAAAAGAACCCACCCUAAUGGUCCCAGAUCGGUGGGACUCGGCUGUUAAGUGGCGGGCCAUAUGCUGCCUGCCGUGAGCAUGGCGAGCGCUGGUGUGAGCGCUCGCGCUGGCACGUGGGGAGUGUGUGUCUGUGUGUGCUUGCACGUGCCCGUGUGUGGACGGCUACAUGUAUGUGCCUGUGCGCAUGCAUGCGAGCCUGGGUUAGAGAAGGUAGAGAGGAGAAAGGGGGGUGGAUUCACCCUGUGUCAGCAGAAAUCUCCUGGCCUCCCACGGCUGCCUCAGCCCAGCCCUGACGGCUCUGUCUCCACCUCCUUCACACUUGUGGGGCUUGGGGCGGGGGGCGGGGUUUAUUUUUUUAUUUUUUUCAAGACAGGGUUCCUCUGUGUAGCCCUGGCUGUCCUGGACUCGCUCUGUAGACCAGGCUGGCCUUGAACCCACAGAGGCCCGCCUGCCUCUGCCUCCCGAGUGCUGGGACUAAAGUUGUGCACCGCCCCGCCCCGCCCAUUCUCUUCUGAACACUCCGUGUGCACGCAUGCAUGUCCCUGUGCAGGUCUGUGUGCCACAGCACCGUGUAGAGGGAGCGGACAUCCCGGGUGUUCGGGUGUCUCCGUUCGCCCUCUACCUUGUUUGGGGAGGGCCUCUCGUUCAGUUUGCACACACCAGGCUAGCUGGCCCACCAACUUCCAGGAAUCCUCCCGCCUCUACCUUUGUCUCUCCGUGGUAACGAGAGUGGUGUGCUACCACGUCCGGCUUCCUGUGGGCUCUGGGGAUCCGAACUCAGGUCCCCAGGAAACAAGGACUUUACCCACCAAGGCAUCUCCCCAACCUGCUUCCUGGUUUCUAGGGGGAGGAAUUUUACUGGCCAGAGUGAGAGGUGCUUUGCUUUUAAAUGACAAGGACAGGCUCCUUUCUGCCAGUGGCCCUUGGAGACCCCAUAAUAAGGCCAUGAGAUCCAGACCCAGGCUGUGGCCAGAGAGGGUCCGGCCCAGACACCGAAUCUACCAGGGGUCUCACAUUUGGGCCUCGGGGCAGAUUCGGUGCCCAUCAACUGUGUCAGACCCGGAGUUAAAAGCUAAUUGCUUAGCAAGAUGUUGGGUGCUGGCAGCUGGGCUGUGGGUGCUGAGGGCAAGGCCACACCCCCAAGAAGGAUGGACAGCUGCCCUCACACUUCCUCCAGCCUUGGAGAGCUGGAAAUUGCUGAACCUUUCUAAGGGAAAGUACAAGAAGCCAAGUGUGAUGGGGCGUACCUGUCCUCCCAGCCCUCAGGAGGUGCAAACAGGGUCAGGAGUUCAAGGCCAGCUUUGGUUCCGUAGUGAAUUCGAAGCCAGCCUGGGCUGUGUGAGGUCCUGUGUCAGAAGAGAUGGGAGUUGGCUUUUGAAUGGGGCAUGAAGAAAUGAGAGGAAAUUUUGAGUGGGGCGUGAAGUGUGGCUGCAGGCUGUGGCCCUAGGCUCUGACCUCUCCUGUGAGUGUGACCAGUUCAUGGGUACUGGCCAUUCUUAGCAGCACCUGCCGUGCUGUUGUGCGGUUUUUGACUGCUCUCAUCUGCAUCCGGGGCUGCAGGAUACGAUGGAGGUUUCCAGGCGCUGUGUCAGUACUGCAUGCGGUCCUACAUUUUCUGCUUAGUGGCAGCACCCACAAAUCUUCGGGGGAACAGGGGGAGUGGGCCUUUCUUUGACAUCAUCAGACCGGGAGCUUGGCUGUACCUGCCCCGCCCCCUGCUCACGCCCCGCCCCCUGCUCACAUCCUCCCCACCCCCCCGCAGGCUGGAUCUGGCAAGCAGUGCUGUUCAGGGAGGCCGGGGUCUCUGAAGCUGCCGCUGCUGCUGCUGGCCCAGAUCCUCUUCAGAACCUGGGCGGGGAGCCACAACCCCAGCAAAGCCCUGACCUCUGUGCUGACAAGGUGAUCGCGGGUUAUUGUGCAAGGGAUGUGUGUGCGAACAAGGGUCCCCACGGCAGGAGGAGCGCGAAUGGCGUCUGUAGGCGUGUCUGUGUGUGUGCACAACAGCACACAUCCAGGUAGCGCUCAGCGCGCAGUGUGCCACGGCUGGCUGGGGUGUGUUGUGUGUGGCUUUCCCCAGCACCGUUAGAGCUGGGUGCUUAGUGAUGGGGCGAGGGCCUUACGACCAGGUGCUCCGUGACCGCCCUGAAUCCCGUCCCGCCGGGAGGGCCGCCCGUGGCUGGUGGUACCUGGUAGUGACGCCCACCCAGAUGUCACUAUGGUGCUGACAAACUACAUUCUGAAUGGGUGUUUUUAUGUAAAUCUGUGGCAUGUGGAAAAUCUCAAAUAAACUGAACUUGAUUUAGAAAGCA